AUGUCUUUCAAUUCAUCCUACAAUUCGCAGGUCAUGCAAGAUUAUACAUAUAACGGAGCCGGGCAAUUUCGUGCGCAGCAGAAUAGCGCGCUGACCCGGCAGCUUUCAGCAUCAUCAGCAGCUUCGACGUCUUCCAAUGGGCCGGAGACGACUUCGACACAGCUGUAUAUGGGUGAUUUAGAUGCUAGCUGGACUGAAAAUGAUAUUAAGCAGAUCUGGGCGACUCUUGGGGAGCCCAACGUCCAAGUUAAGUUGAUCAAGAACAGUGGCCCGAUGAAUAACUCGGGGUACUGCUUUGUUGAGUUUCCGUCGAACCUAUCAGCUACCAAUGCUUUGUUGAAAACCGGGCUGCCCAUUCCUGUGGAUCCUUCACGGUCGCUUAAGCUGAAUUGGGCUUCCUUUGCUACGGCCCCAGGCACUGAGUUUUCUAUUUUCGUCGGGGAUUUGGCUCCCAACGUUAGCGAAUCGCAGUUGUUCGAACUGUUUAUUUCACGGUACUCGUCAACGCUAAACGCCAAGAUCGUAUUCGACCAAGUCACCGGGGUUUCCAAGGGAUAUGGCUUUGUAAAGUUUGGAAACGAGGCAGAGCAGCAGCGCUCCUUAGUGGAGAUGCAAGGUGUUUUUCUCAAUGGCAGAGCUAUUAGGGUUUCGACAACGUCCAAAAACAAGUCUCGUUUUCGAGGAGGACUUUCCGGGACCGUAACAUCCGCCGCUGCCGCUACUGCGGGGCCACCAGUGGGUAAUCUCUCCGGGGUUAUUCAGACGAGCAGCCCGCAAACGCUCCCACAACAAUCACAAUUUAUAUAUCCUGUCCAGCAACAGCCUGUGCUAUCCCAGUUUACAGAUCCUAAUAAUACCACUGUAUUUAUAGGCGGGUUGUCAUCACUUGUUACUGAGGAGGAACUACGCGCCUACUUCCAGCCCUUUGGUCAAAUAGUAUAUGUUAAGAUUCCUGUAGGGAAGGGUUGUGGUUUCGUUCAGUAUGUGGACCGCAGCUCGGCAGAAAACGCUAUUGCUAAGAUGCAGGGAUUCCCAAUAGGCAAUUCCAGAAUCAGAUUGUCUUGGGGCAGGAGCGCGAAGCAGGCCGCUGGGAUGCAACAGGUCUUUGCCAUGACAUUGCAACAUCAACAACCCCAAAAGACGCAGCAACAGCAACAGCACCACAAUCAUCAUCAUAACACACAGCAGUCGAUCCAGGAAUCUCAGAAGCAUCGGGCCCCGCAACAACAGCAACAAACCGCAGCUAAUAACACUUCCACAACUACUACAACAGUUCCUAAUUUGGCUACUGGUGGUGCUGCUGGCACUACCUCUGCUGGCACUGCGCAACCGUUGCUGCAACAGCAGUUACAGCAACAAUUCCCGUACCAACAACAACCUGCUAUGCCACAGACUUACAGUUAUACUCUGGACUCUAUUAGCGGCACUGGGUCAAACUACGUCCCAAUGUCCCAUAUACCACCUAUUCAGUUAACAUACCAAUCAUCUGCUAUUAUUGAUCCUUCAUCUUCGUCUGCUUUGCUUCCAAACCUAACUACAUUAGAUUAUUCAGGGUUCCCUUCUUCCAACAAUUCUAACUUCAACUUCUCGCCUUCCACCUCACUAGGUGCAGGCUUCAAUCAGCAAGUUUUCGAUUAUUCUAACAGCGACAUGGGAACGCCAAUGGCACAGACACCGAAUACUGCGGCCAGCACCCAGUCGACAAAGCAUCCCCAAAUCUUCGUGCAAGGUGGGGAGGCCUACGUCAAAGGUAGGAAUAGCUCGAUAGAUAGGUUGGAGCAAGGUAGCAACGGAUACAUUUUUGUAUAA